CUGUUUCUAACCAAUCUGUCCUUUAGGGCUGACUCCGCCAAGAUGACACAGCCAAUGAGAGUGGACCAGGCCCACCAGCCAACUUCAACUCGAAAGUCAGCAAGCCUGUCCUCGCCGAGCGCCGCCCGCCGCCUGUACCGCAAUUUGUCUGGAAAGUUCCGUGUAGGCACCAACCCCCCUGUUCUGGAGGACAGUGUGGUGUCAGGACGGGGAGGAGACAAGGAGAGGCUGCGUAAAACCACCAUCUUCCAGAGCAAUGAAGCUUUGUUUGAGGCAGUGGAGCACCAAGAGUUGGACUUGGUCCAGCUGCUUCUUUCCCAGUACAGUCUGGAGGAGCUAGACCUCAACACUCCAAACAGCGAAGGCCUCCUGCCUCUCGACAUCGCCAUCAUGACCAAUAACGUGCCCAUGGCCAAGCUUCUGCUGCGAGCUGGUGCCAAAGAGAGCCCACAUUUUGUGAGUCUGGAGGGCCGAGCGGUGCAUUUGGCCACGCUGGUUCAGGAGGCAGAGCAGCGAGCAUCAGAGCUUCAGGCACAGGUGCGGAACGAGGGUCCGAGUGAACGAGAGGGAUCUGACCGUGAGAGGCAGCUGAAAGCUUGGGAGUGGAGACUGCGACUCUUUCGACGCAUGCAGACAGGCUUUGAGCAUGCUAACCCUCCAGAUGCUCCUAGUAUAGUUUAUCUGUCUGUAAGCAGCAGCACCAGUCUACAGGUUGAUUUCCAGGAACCUCUCUGUGUCAACUCUGCUGUGGUUACCAAGUACAAAGUGAGCUGGAGCAGUUCACCUUCAUUCAGUCCUUUGUUGGGUGAGAUGUUAGUGGACGACACAUCUCUACUACAGUGCAUCAUCACUGGACUAACUUCAGGGACAUAUUAUUAUGUGCAGGUGUCAGCCUACAACAUGAAGGGCUGGGGCCCUCCUAAAGUUUCCACCCCAGCCUGUGCUACACCUUCCAGUUGGAGGGACAUUGAUGGCCGUGCUCCACGCCAGAGAGGCCAAAAAGAGGCUCUUGACCAGCUACUUGGGCAGAUAAAGGAAGCUCACCGGAACUGCGUUUGCCAUGAGCCGUGCAAAGCUCCAACGCAAGGCAGGAAGCACUCGGUGUCCAAAAGCCUGCGUCACCUCUUCCAAACCAACAGUAAAUUUGUCAAAAGCUUGAAAAGAGGGCUGUAUCUGACGUCCAUAUUCUACAGGGAUGACAACGUGUUGGUGACCCCAGAAGACCAGAUUCCCAUUGUUGAGGUUGAGGACUCUUACUCCAGCUCACUCAUGCAGGACUUUCUCUGGUUCACAAAGGUGUCGUUCCUAUGGGAAGAGAUUUCCUGGCUCCAGCAGUGUCUCAGUCCCUCCCAGUCAUCCUGCUCCUGCACCCUGCAGACCCGCCUCAAGUUGUUGCAGGCUGUCUCCCAGCUACAGGGAAUGCUGGGAACCCAGGACCUUGGCCAGGUGUAUUUUGAGCCAAUUAAAGACAAGCAUGGUAAUGCCUUGCUCGUGCUGCUAAAAGACAUGAACGCCUGUCCCAACCUGGAUGGGGUCCGCUGGACGCAGCUUUGUAAACUACAGCUCCAACGCAAGUCUGUCUCAUCUCCCGAGGAGCCCACUGCCUUAGAUAUGCUUCUAAUCACACUCCACGAAAAGCUGGCAUAUCACAGGCGUAGCAGGAAGCUUCUGCCUCCUGGCUUAUACCUUGGAUAUCUGAAGCUGUGUACAUCAGUGGAACAAAUAAGGGCCCUGGUACCUCAGAAGCUCCCCAACAUCCUCUGUCACACCAAAAUUCGGGACAACGGUAACGUCUCCAGAGAGGAGUGGCAGUGGCUGCAGGCUCUAAGCUCUCUAGAGGAGGCUAUGGAAAUGGACCAUGAUAUUCAGAGUGCUCCCCAUCGCCUCCUACAUGACCUGCGCACUGCCAUUAAAGACCUGAUGGCACACAUCAAUGUCCCUGGCAAUCAGGUGCAGGAUUUUCGGAUCUACAGCCAGGAGGUGUUGGAGUUUGGGGAGAAAGUGUCCUUUCUGCUUCUUUUGCCGCCUUCAGAUGAAGUUUGCACAGCACCGGGGCAGAAUAAUCCCUACUCCCCCCGCUCUGGCUUCCUCACGUUGCCUUUGCAGAUCUUUGAACUGGUCCACUUCAGUGCUUACUGCCCCAGUUUCAUCGGCCAGUACUGUAGAGUGUCUGCUCUGCUGGAGCUGGAAUCCCUCAUGUCCCAGCAGGCACUGCGAGAGGCCUUUUCUGAGGCAGAGCUCCUUGUCGCAAAGAAGAAACACCAACAGGUCCAGGAUUAUAUGCAGCAAAUGGAGGAGGUCUGGAGGGAUGCAAGGUGGAUCAUGGAUUGCUUGCAGUAUGCCCGAUACAAGCAGCCAACAGGAGGCAUCUCCAUAAGCUGGAUAAUCGACUUUUCAAAGGAAGUGAUGCCAGACAAGCCUCCCUCCACGUCAUCUCAGCCAGACUUCAUGCCUUCUCCCAUGCCUUCACCAGAACCCUGCCGCAAACAUUCAGAUUAUCCCGGUCUAUCAGAUGAAGAGGGUUCAUCUGAAGUCUUCCUCACCACUGACAGUGACUAUGACUCUAGCCGUGCCCAGAGUCCCCGUGAGCUGGACCUGUUGCCGCCCUCGCCUCUCUCUUCCUCUGCACCCCUGGAGCCCCGCGGUUUCCUGCGUAGCGACGGGAGCAGCUCGGGGGGACGCGUGUGUCUUGGCGGGGGUGGCCGGGGAGGGGGAGCGCUGCGAGAUUCCACACCAGACGUCCUCCAGGCCUCCGAGGCCCAGCUUGGGAAGGAGGGCGAUCGGUGUGGAGGAGGGGUCCGAUGUGCGGGAGAGAGGCGCAGGGGGCCCCCGGAGCUGUUCGACAGCGACUUCAUUCUGCCCAGCAGGCAGAUCGAGCUGCUGCACAUCACGGAGAAGAGACAAGCCUUCUGUGUAAGAACCAGCAGUCUGGAGUUCCCCUCCACCAAAUCCUCCCCGCAGCAGCCAAACUCCUACCACACCACUCGCUCGUCCCCCUCCACUUCACCACAGCGACGGUGGCACAGGCCCUCUUCAGUGGAACGCUGCUGUUCCGGGGAGCACUGCCUGCCACAGCUUCCACCGGCACGUACUUUAUCAGAGGACAGCGGCACGCAGAGACUCUCCUCCCCAUCGCCCACUAUGUUCAGAAAAGGCUGCCAUGCCACUCUCACAGUUUACCCCCAGUACCGCACAGGCCUGCCCAAGGAGACCAGCGUCAAGCUCUGCGUGACUCGCGGUACGACAGCUGGAGAGAUGGUCCAGCUGGUGGUGCAGGAGAUGAACAUCGUGUGCCGGCGCAUGCUGGGUGGCGGCGAUGAACAGGAGCAGUGUGUUUACUACAGUUCUGAGCAGAUGAAGCACUUUGGCCUUGUGUUGGUGGUGGACAACAGAGAAAAGUGGCUCCAGGAUGACUUCUGUCCCCUGGAGCUCCAAAACCCUUGGCUGAGGGGAAAACUUUGUGUUCGCAUCAAGGAGUAUUCUCCGCUGGCUCUCCAACACAGCCGGGCCACCACAGUGUGA